AUGAAUUUAAACGGUCAGAGACAACAGCCUGCUCCGCUUCCUGUCGACUUCUCUUCGGUCCCCGUGGACUCGCUUGAAACUCUCCGUAAUCGUCUCAAUCAGGUGCACAUUUCACUUCGGAAACUCUUUGAUCAAAUUAACCAUCAUAAUCGUCAUCCAUCCAAAGUCCGUCUUCCAAGUUAUACACAUCUUCAGAGUCAAUUCCAGAUUCUUCUUACUCAAUUACACCUGCUCACAGCCAAUCUCGAGGCCAACGGCGAGAUUCUUAAAACAACAAACGUAUAUCCAUUACCAUCAUUCCCAGCAACGCAACAAGAAAACUUACUUACAACUCUAUUAAGGAAAAAACCGCUUCCUGAAAUCGACGAAUGGAUAGAAAAUGCUCUAGUUCGAGGAAAGCAUGAUGAUGAAGGACUGGCCACAAUUCAACUGAAUGAUGAGUUUGCACAAUGGUGUCUGGCCAAAGUUGAAGAACUCCAAGAAGAAUUCCAAUUCUGGGGGUUCAACACAACUCAAGAAUUAGAACAUGCUGCAAGUGAACAAGGUAAACAGGAGAAGGCUGAAAAGGAGGCUAUUGAAAGGGAAAAGAAGGAUUUGGAGCUCAAGAUUACCGACAAUGAUCGAAAGCCACUCCAUCCGAACCAAGUUUUGAAAUUUAUGUAUCAAGACGUCAAUCCUGUUACUCCUGAUAUUUAG